AUCAAUUCAAUCACAGAAAACACAUCAACUAUAUACACAUCAAUGGAGAAAAUCGUCCAUUGCAUUUUAAUUCUUGUCCUAUCGAUAUUCUCCAUGAAGGGUGCAAUGGGGAGUAUCAAUACUAAUCGUUUGAUGAAUCCUCGUACUAUGACUUUCGUAGAGACACAAUGUAGACGUACUCGAUAUCAAGAACUUUGUGUGAGAACUUUAUCCAAUUAUGUUAAUGCUACCUCACAAGAUCCUCAAGAAAUAGCUCAAGUUGCUUUAAAGGUAAGUUUAGUUAAGGCUAUAAAUACAAAAUACUACAUCAUGAAGGUAUGCAAAGAAUUCAAUCAAAUCAACAAGAGUAAUAAGAAUAAUAAUCAAGCGGCGAAAGAUUGUUUAGAUCAAAUCUCAGAUGGGGUUUCUCAACUUACAAAUUCUGUUAAAGAGCUUCAACAUUUGAGAUUAGAUGGUGAAAGAGCAUUUGAAUGGCAUCAAAGUAAUGUUCAAACUUGGCUUAGUACAGUGUUAACAGAUGCAUACACUUGUAUGGAAGGGAUGAAUAAUUUAGGUCAUGCUUCUAUGGGUGGUAAGAUGAAGGCUAUGAUUAAAGCUAAGGUUCUUAAUGUUGCACAAGUUACAAGCAAUGCUUUGGGUUUGUUUAAUGGAUUUGCUGCUAGACACAAGGCUUCUCAGCAUGUUGGCUAUGGCAAAAACAAACCAUAAAAUUUAUGAUAGAAUUAAUUGUCUUGUCUUGCUUUAUUAGUUCUUUUUGUUAUGUAUGUCACAACAUAUGUAAUUUCUUUUAUUUUGGUGCAAUGCA